AUGGGUGGAAAUGGCGCCUCUGUUGAGCAGUCUCGCGCAGCCUCACGGCGCAUUGCUGAGCCGGACAUGAUGCCCGAAGGAGCCGGGCAUUCAGCCCACAGUGGGCCCAUGAUGUUGUUAUCCGUGUCAUCCAUUGCUACUCUCGUGACGCUGCUCGCACUCUUUCUGACCGCUCCGCGAUUAUCUGGGUUUGUCUUCCGCCUUGUCUUCAAGUCGAUUGGAUGGCUUAUUGCCAGGAAAUACCGGUGGAAGCGGGACCUCAUACGUGCGCGGAUACGGCUAGAUGAGGAAGAAUACUACUCAAGAAGAGCCAAGUAUGCGAAGCAGGAAGAUGAGGAUUGGGAAAAAGUUGAAACAUACGGCAUUGGGACUGCUACAAACGGGGAUGCGGCGGGAAACGAUUGGGAAGGCGUGAUAGGAUUCUUCCAUCCAUUUUGCAAUGCUGGUGGCGGAGGCGAGCGUGUCCUUUGGGCAGCAGUAAGAGCAACACAAAACCGCUGGCCAAAAGCUAUAUGUGCAAUCUACACAGGUGAUAAUGACCUGAAUAAGACCACAAUGCUUGAAAGAGUCGAGAAUCGUUUCAAUAUUCGCCUUUACUCUCCAACAAUAGUAUUCCUAUAUCUUUCAACUCGCAAAUAUGUUCUCAGCAGCAUAUACCCACGUUUUACUCUCCUUGGUCAAUCUUUGGGCUCCCUAAUCCUCGGAUACGACGCAUUCACUCUCCUAAUUCCUGACAUCUUAAUUGACACUAUGGGCUAUUCCUUCGUCCUGGCAUUUUGCCACUUCCUUUUCCCUUCAAUUCCGACCGGGGCGUACGUACACUACCCCACUAUUUCGACAGACAUGCUCAGCUCCCUUGAUGAUCUUUCAGGUACGAAAGGUUUAAACGCCGGUGCAGGGGCCGGCUGGAAAGGAUAUGCCAAGCGACAAUAUUGGCACGCGUUCGCGAAGCUAUACGGCCGGGUUGGUGGCACAAUUGAUGUAGUUAUGUGCAACUCAUCCUGGACAGCCGCACAUAUACGCUCUCUCUGGCUCCCCUCGCGGCAAAAAAGGCGAGAAUUCCAAGAACCCACCGUCGUCUUCCCCCCCGUGGCCGUCUCAGAGCUGGAAUCAAUAGAAAUAGAUCUCCCGCAUGAGCGAGAAUCACGCGAGCCAACAAUCCUCUACAUCGCGCAAUUCCGCCCAGAGAAGAACCACGCCCUAAUCCUUCGCGCCUUCUCCCGCUUCCUCAACGAAUUCAAAAAGACUCAUAAAGCUCCACACAGUCAAUAUCCACGACUAAUCCUCAUCGGCUCUGUGCGCCACUCCAGUCCCGACGAAACCCACAUCUACAACCUCCGCCUGCUCGCCCACGAGCUCAAAAUCCGUGACCACACGACCUUCCUCUGCGACGCCAGCUGGCCCACGAUCCUCACCCACCUCCGCCACGCCUCCAUCGGCGUCAACGCCAUGUGGAACGAGCACUUCGGCAUAGGCGUGGUCGAGUACCAGGCAGCGGGCCUGAUAAGUGUCGUACAUGAUUCCGGUGGUCCCCGACAGGAUAUCGUUGUGGAUUUGGGAGAAGGCGCGACGGGAUUCCGGGCUACAACGGAGCCAGAGUUUGCGGCGGCGUUUGAGGCGGUGUUGGCGCUUCCGAUAGAAGAGAGGGUGGCGAUGAGGUUGAGGGCGAGGAGGUCGUCGAAGAGGUUUACGGACGAGGUGUUUGCGGAGAGGUGGGUGGGGGAGAUCGGGAAAUUGAUUGAGUUAGAGAGUAAGAGGGGAGGAAGGGAGAAGAAGUAA